AGCGUUGGCUCAAGCCGGACAACCCUCGGUUGCUUUUCCCCCCCCGCCGCCAGACCGAUGCCUUUGCCGCAGCCUCGGGUGCUGUUGGCGCCUAUGAUAGCACAUUGCCCACGCCUGCUGCGCGCCCUGGAUCUGGACUGGCUGGCAUACUCUGACGCUGCAGACCUUCCCAUGUCUGAGAGAUGGCGGGACGAUAUGCGGCAGAGGCUCGCGCGUGUCGACACGCAGCAGCUCAGUCCGCAGCAGAAGAUGAAGCACAAGACGCUCCAGCGACGACUUGGCAAAGCUGCGGCAGGGCGCCCCACGCCGGCCGACGGCGAGGGUGCAGGCUGGCCCAGGAGCCUGGGGCUGCUCGCUGUGCUGCUGGCUCUGUGGAUUCCGCCUGCAGGCGCGCUGUGGCUCUACACCAUCGGCAGAGGCGGGCCGCCCCGAAGCAGGCGAGCUCGGGGGCGGGCGGGCGCCGCCCCCCGCGGCCGCGGCCAAGCGGGCCGCGCGGUUGUCCGAGGCCGAGCUGCGGCGUUUCCGGGACGUCGCUUUCGGCGGCUGCGACUGACUCGCGGCUGGCGCGCGCGCGCGCGCCGUCGUCAGUCAAGCAGUGGCGAAGCGCCCUGGCUCGCCUACAGGGAUGCUGGGACGGUCGGUCCCUGCUCAAGUCCGAGGGGGAAGAGGUGCCGACACCGCUCUUCCAUUUAGAGAGAGGUCCGUGGAGUCGGCGGAGUGAGCAUCUGCCUGCCUCCCCCAGCUCGGGCCCUGCUCGGCCACGGGGGGUGCCAGCUCGGGGAGGUGCCCUCGGGCAGGCCCAGGAGGAAAAGAUGUGCGCCCCCCGAGGGAAUCUCAGAGCGUUCACAGGCGAUCUGUAACCCGGGGGAUCCUGAGGGGCCUCGGGUCUGCCGUGUUCCAGAUUUCGUGCAGUCCGAUGCUGCGUUCCUCCCAUCUUCGUCUGAGUCUGAGCCGCCCGAAACGGAACGUUGUUAUGCUCUGGCAUAGGUGAAGUGAUAGGGCGGAUGCCAUUCG